AUUUUGUUCAAAAUAGUUCAUUUUUAUUCAAUUAAAUUAAAACAAAAAUAUUUUAUGCUCAACCACACAUGAGUACAAAAAUGGUGCCACCCAAAACUUGAACUCCCAUCAAACUGUGAUAUCUUCACCUCCUAUUUAUUGCACUGCAAUUUUGGUCGCUGAAAAUAUCUGCCCAUCUCAUUUCAUUGAUUAUUUUCUCAAUCAUUAGCUAAGAGCUUCAAUUUUUCUCAAGGAAAACGACAGCCAUGGCCGACGGCAACCAGGACAUAGAGAACGGCGAAAACCGCGCUCUGGAAGAAAUCAGAGCUCCGCUUAUCGCCGGAGAUGACGAUUCGGGGCGUUCAUUGAAGGGCAAAAGCUGCGAGGAAGAAAGAUGCAUGGUGUAUUUGAGUACAUUUGUUGCUGUUUGUGGGUCUUAUGCUUUCGGAUCUUGCGCAGGAUACUCGUCGCCCACACAAGCUGCAAUCAGAGAAGAUGUAAACUUGUCAUUAGCAGAGUACUCGUUGUUCGGCUCCAUAUUGACUUUCGGGGCAAUGAUUGGUGCAAUCACUAGCGGCAAAAUUGCCGAUUUUAUCGGUCGCAAAGGGGCCAUGAUAGUAUCGAGUUUAUUCUGUACAGCAGGGUGGCUAUCCAUUUACUUUGCCCAGGGGCCUGUGCCUUUAGAUGUUGGGAGGUUAGCAACUGGAUAUGGGAUGGGAGUAUUUUCUUACGUGGUUCCGGUAUUCAUAGCUGAACUUGCUCCCAAGGAUUUACGAGGAGCUUUGACAACCAUUAAUCAGCUUAUGAUUUGUACGGGAGUAUCCGUUUCCUUCAUCAUAGGCACAUUGUUAACAUGGCGAGCUUUAGCUCUAGUAGGCAUAAUCCCUUGUGCUGUUCUGCUUUUCGGUCUGUGCAUCAUUCCAGAAUCUCCAAGGUGGUUGGCAAAACAAGGAAAACAGAAAGAGUUUGAAGCUUCUUUACGUAGGCUUCGUGGGAAGAAUGCCGAUAUAUCUGCUGAGGCAGCUGAGAUUCAACUUAUAAGCUUUCUGUAUUCAAAUAAGUUUGGUUUGGUAGGACAAACGAGCUUAUCUCAUAAGCUUCUUGGGACGUUCGUUCUUUAUGCCGUCGUGAAUGCCUUAGCCAUACUCUUUGUGAUUGAGUUUGUGCCCGAAACAAAGGGUCGAACUUUGGAACAAAUUCAGGCAGCAGUGAACGCUUCGUGA